AUGGCUCCAAAGCGCAAGCAUACUACGCAGGCAGAAGCAGAUGCCGAUGGCCCCUCCUCUCCUCCCGCGAAAGCAAAACGCAGCAAGCCCAACAACCCUCCCUUCGCCGCCCUCAAGCCUCGCAUCCGACAUAUCAACGAAGAAACGAUAAAAUCCAAAUGGACAACCCUAUCGGAUUCUACGCAGGAGAAGGUGAAACAGCUCUUCUUGUCUGUCGAGCUGCCAGUUAUAACACGACACCGGGACGAAAAGAAGCGCGUCGAAGCACAGUCUGCGCUUGCAACCGUGCGCAAGAACCUGGGCAAGCGGUUGCCAAAGAUGCCGUUUCCAGCGGGCACGAGGGACGGGAGUUUUGAUUAUGAGGGUGCUCUGGGAGAGAGUCGAGCGCUGGAAGGUCAAUUGGCGACGACUACAAGUUCUAUCCGACUGUUACAGGCUGAGAUCAAACGGGAAGAAGCAGAGUUGGCCAAGGAUAGAUUGAAACUCGAGGAGCUGGAGCGGAAUGCAAAGGCAGCGGAGUCUGAGAGGAAGAGGUUGAGCAAGAACGUUCACCCUGUUUUGAAACAGCUUGACGAAUCGAGCAUGAACGAAGCCGGCAGUGGUGUUGCGGACUUUACGCUGAAAGACGACGAGACCGUCCUAAGUGAACUCGACGCAGAUCCAGCACUCCUUCCAACCAUCAAGCAGCUACGCAACCACCUCGAGUCCAUGCAAGGCAACGCAGCGCAGGUACGGGGAAUCGGCCACGCCAUCGCCCAAGCGAAGUCGGCACUAGACAUGCUCCCGCUAGGCUGA